AUGACGGCGCAAAAGAUCAACACUCUUCUAGACUGGGCAAAGGAAAAUGGGGCACAGAUCUCGGACGACGUGCAAUUUGUCCCGAUUGCAAAAAACAAUGUCGGGGCGACAUCGACGUCGCAAGCUAGCUCCAUCAAGGUGCCCACCAAAAUCAUCAUGAAACUCUCGGACGCAAUCAGUGGCUUGGGCUUUGACACCUCGGACAUUAUGGCCAAGCAAAGAAAUGUCAACUGUCCCCUCAAGCUCUUUUUGGCCAAAGAAAGGGCCGCUGUAUCAGACUCGUUUUACAGACCCUAUAUAGAAACGCUCCCCACGAUGGCACAAAUCAACAGUCCGUAUGUCUGGCUGCCCGAGGACAACAAAAAUCUCCAGGGCACUAACUUGGGCAGCUCGCUCCGGGAAAACAUCGUGCUUUUGGUGGAGGAGUGGUGGCUGGCAAUCUCGCUUUUGCCGGAAUCCGUGCCCAAGCCAGAGGCGCACUUCUUGAACAUGAAAUUCUACUACGAACACAAAUUCUACGAAGACAGCCAGAUGUACGGGUAUGUGCAUGGCGACACGGCGGAAAACUGGACGUCUUUCCCCGCCUACUUGUGGGCAUCGAUGAUCUUAAAGUCCCGGUCGUUUCCCAGUGCACUUCUUAAAGAUGCAAGUCUGGAGAUCAGCGAAAUCGACUUGUGCCAGGACGAUGUGGCCAUGCUUAUCCCUGUGGUGGACUUGCUCAACCACAGCCCUCAGGCUGACGUCACGUGGACGGCCUCCGGCAACUUUUUCCAGUUCCAAUCCCACCGCAAUGGUGGGCUGGAGUUGUUCAACAACUACGGGCGCAAAGGCAACGAGGAGCUUCUCUUGGCGUACGGGUUCUGCUUGGACAACAAUGCGGCUGACACCGUGGCUCUCAAAAUCAAGGUCCCGGAGCAGAUGUUGCCGGAGCUUGAAAGUCACGGGGUGUCUCUUCCCCAAAUCUCCGACUACACCACCUCAGUUGUGAGCAACCAAAGCCAAAGUGACCCGGCCCCGUAUGACCAGUACAGAGACGGGUUGUUGUUUUUCAUCGCCAAGGACAGGGUGCCCGAGGACUUGGUGCGAGUGUUCCAGUGGUUGGUCAAAGGCCCGUGGGAGGGCAGCAAGCUCACCUUGAGAAUGCAGCUCAGUGGCUUGAACCACUUGCGCCAGGCGGUGGAAUCAAAGGCCGCACUCAUCAAUGUCAAUAACGUGAAAAGCCAACACAACGAGACCACCAUCCGCACGUACUUGCGCUCACAAAAGGCCAUUCUCCAGGCCGCGGUUUCUGACAUCAAGCACCGGGAGUCCGCGCUUUUGGCCGACCACAAAAGCAACGUGACCACUCUCAAGAGCAUCUACAAAAAAGACGUGAAGUUUGCCCAGUCGCUUCUUGUCACCAUGGGCGUCACCAGCUACGAAGACAUCGUGGACCAGGAGCUCAUGGACCAGGUGUGGUUGUUGUACUUGAUCCGGUGCUUUAACAAGGAAGCCUACAGCGAUGAAGAUCCGGAAGAACAGUACCUCCCCGGAUGGAUACAUGAUGCGUUCGUCAGAAUGGAUGCCGAGGUGGAAAUGGUCGCUGCCGAAGUGGUACAGUUCCAGGGACUCUACGAAAACCUCAUCCUCCCCAUGAACAAGGCCGUGCCGGAAAUCUAUAACAAGGGAAAAUGGACUGUGAGGGAGUUGAUUGUCAGCACUAAACUAUUAGACACGAUCAGUUUUGUGAGGGGCAAAAAACAGGAGUGUCUUUUGGUGAAUGAUUUCUAG